AGGAAGCUGUGUUGCUCUUUGUUUCUGGGACAACAUGAUGCAGGCUCUGUGCCUCRGACCGGCAGACAUUGUUUUCAUAGCUCUGGUUUACUACUAUCAGCCAACACAGGCACAGUUUUGUGGAGAUCCCUCUGUUGCAAUAAUUCGGACUUUCAAAACACGGUCACUGAAGAGAGUCAUCCACAAUCUGUUUGGCAAUAAAAAUAACAUUGACAGAAGAAAUCACCGUCGUAGUUCCCCUUCGGAAACCAUUUGUCUGCUUUUCAAUGAGAUGAGGAAAAUCCAGGCACUCAGAGACGACUCCUGGUUAUAGUCCUCGUCAGGGAUUCUGUAAACUCUGCUUUCUGUUUCAGCUGUGGAGAGGUAACCUGAAGGCAUUGACUGUUUUGGACCAGAGAUUCCGGUCCCCGUACCAGACACUUGUGACGGGACGGAGGAGUGGACACCAACUAAGGACCCUCUUCGCUACAGCCAGCCGUGUUGGAUGCAGCUGAAUAACAAGCUGAGGAGGAGAAAGAGCACUGGACUCUCCUGCUCCAUUCUGAGGACUGCCAUCCAUGUGGUGGUAUGAAGAGACUGUGAGUCAGGAGAAACACAAUCAGACGGGAGCAGAUUGAUAGAGGGAGAGAAAGAAAGGUAGAGGUGUGAGUGUCAAGGUGCCCUCCUGACCCCAAGGUGAUAGCACCAGUCAAGGCAGCAGGAUGACCAGCCUGUUCAGGCGAAGCAACAGUAAUGGAGGCUCCGGUGGAGGAGGAGGGGGAGGUGGUGGUGGUUCUACCCCAGGAGAGCUCAACAACAGCCGGCCUAACCGACAGGUGCGGCGCCUGGAGUUCAACCAGGCCAUGGAGGACUUUAAGAUCAUGUUCCCCACCAUGGAUUACGAGGUCAUCGAGUGCGUCCUGCGCUCCAACAACGGGGCGGUGGACGCCACCAUUGACCAGCUCCUCCAGAUGAGCAUCGACGGAGAGGGAUCAGAUGGCAGCUCUGACUCCGAUGAUAGCAUCCCACCAGAGAUUCUGGAGAGGACAUUAGAACCUGACAGUUCCGACGAGGAACCUCCCCCCGUCUACUCACCGCCCACUUAUGACAUGCACAUCUACGACAGGAAGUACCCCGAGGCCCCGCCCACUCCUCCACCCAGGUUUGAGGCCCAGCUCCCUCCAGGUCACCGGCAGGUCCGCAGCUACAGGAACUGGAAUCCACCGUUGCUUGGCAACCUGCCAGAUGAUUUCCUGCGGAUCCUGCCACAGCAACUAGAUAGUAUACAGGGCUCACAGAGCAGUCUGUCCCAGCCUUCUUCCUCCUCUCUGUCCUCCAUCGCCCAGCAGACAACCCAGGGAGGUGUCUCCAAGCCAGGGACUGAUGGAGCCCUAGGGGCACCUGGAGGGCCAGGUGGUCCCGGGGGCAUGGCAGGGGUCGGCACGGAGCAGGAGCGUAAACUGAAGCAGUACCUGGAUGAUGAACGCAUCGCUCUGUUCCUCCAGAACGAGGAGUUCAUGAGGGAGCUGCAGCGCAACCGCGAGUUCCUCGUCGCCCUGGAGAGAGAUCGCUUGAAGUACGAAUCAAAGAAAUCCAUGUCCAAUCAUUCAUCCUCUUACAUGGAGAAUUCCACAGCAGGUAGAUGUCAUUCAUCCUCUUACAUGGAGAAUUCCACAGCAGGAGAGCACUGUGAGUCAGGGUCGAUGGAGGCUUGUACUGCUGUGUCAGAUGACGCCAUGUUUAGAGACAAACUCAAACACAUGGGCAAAUCAACAAGAAAGAAGCUGUUUGAAAUCGCCAGAUCAUUCUCUGACAAGACAAAGAGAAGAAAGUUAAAAAGAAGAACGCUCCUGAAGCACCAGUCACUGGGCACAGCCAACUCCACAGCCAACCUCCUGGAAGAUGUGGAGGGAAGCCCAGAAGAGGGUCAGCCCAGAAGAUCAGACACUCAGGAAGACGAUGUGCCACACAAGGAGCCUUUGUCAUGAUUCUCCAAGGCUGCACCACAUCAGGGUUUCCAUGGUGACAGCAGAAUGACCCAUGGCUGGUGGCCGCGCAAUACUUUGGCUCCUCCCUCCUCUAACACAGACCAGCCAAUCCCAGGCCCAGAAGUGACCUGGGACCACCCCCCUCGCUCAGGAGGAGAGGAAGCAGACUGCUACCACCUAUCCUUAACUCUGACUGUUCAUAACCGCAUUGGAUUACCAUUAUAAUCUCUGUAUUAUAACUCUUCAUUAAUAUAUGACUUCAUAUGUAAAGGGCAGAUGCAUUAGUCUUUUGACAGUUCUUUUUUGUCGUUGUAUCAGCUCCCUUUAAUCCCCAUUGCAGAAUGCUUGUCAGCCUUGCUGGUGAUGAUCUUAACAUAUGGACUCAUCUAGUGUUACCAGUCUAAUAUCUUUGAUAUGGCUGGGGUAGGUCACUCUAGAGCCAAAGUGUGCACAAGCACCUCUGAAAUGUCCCAUAAUAAACCAUGUUCACUCCCAGUACCCAUGUGUUGCUAUGCCCAUUUGGUCACAGUUUUAAACAGACAGUAACCAGUGAUGAUGUGGCAAGUUUUUAAACAACACCUCAACUAGAAUCACAGCUCAAUCCAAGUUCAAUCCCAUGUUUCCUGAAAGUUCAGGACACAGAAACAACUUGUAAACAGAGACUCUAAUAUUACAGUUGACUCCCCCUUGUAAAUCUGGAUUUGCCUCGGAGCAAUUUGACAGGAGAUGAUAUCAUCAGAGACCUGUGUGUGUCAGUCAAGGGGUUGUUAAGUUGCCCUGCUCAAAUGUCAACAAACCCUUCUGUUGCACCCUCCUAUAUCAAAGAGGCAUUCAAACCUGCCAAAAAAGUCACUUGUUCCAAGCGGGUCAUAUUUCAUCCCAUAUUGUUAUGUCAAUGUGUAACUAAAUGCCAAGUGUAACCUUUAAUCCCAUUUCAGGAACUCUGACAAACUUCUUAAGAUUUCAUGCGAACUGAAAUAUCCCUCAAGCUAACUGACUGCCAUAUCUCACUAUUCUCAUGUCUUUUUCAAUACAGCAUUUAUAUACUAACCCUAUCUCGUUGAGAGUAAGGAGGGGUGCAUAUUGCUGAAUUCGUGUUAUUAAUGAGUACACAAUAAUAUAACUAGUAGAAAUAUUUGAUAAACAAAUAUGCCAGUGAUCUGUGCACAUUMUUGAUAAACAUGUGUUUUGUUAUGUGGUGUAAUGGGAAGUGUUGGGUAUGGAGAGAGCAAAGCAGAACGUGAUAUGGAUGAUGCCUCUGUGAGGUGAGGACUGGCAUUGAUCUUGAUUAGAUGCUGUUGGGUAUAUCGGUAGAAAAGAGGAGAAGGCUGAUGAUGACCCAGCGCUGUGAUAUGAGUUUCAACAGACAGUCGAGCUAGAUUUAAAGUCAACCCUUUGAGCCACUAUCUGAUUCGCAAGGUUUCACAUUGAUCCGUCACUUUCCCAACUAUUGGAAAUGAUUACUGUCUUAUUCUGAAGCCUUCUCGCCGAAGGGUGCUCUUUGCUCACGAUCGUUAAAAAGGAAGGGACAGACUGGUGUAGGAAACUCUCUCCACCAUGCUUCUAAAAAUUCUGUUUUAAAAUUGAUGCAUAAAAGUGAGCAAGCCAAGUGCACACUUUAGGGAGAAGGGUGGGGAAUUGGAACACCAAUUCAUUCACUCUACCUUCUUAAAUGGAUUUACAUGUAAAUGUUUGAUUUGCUACCUCUCAAUCUAGAUGGCUCCAUGAUUGAAACGUAUGUUUUUACUAUUGAAAUUUAAGAUGAUUCAAAUCAAAUCACCCAUUUACAGUUUUUCCUUGAUUUAGGAAUGAGACAUGUUUUAACCCCUUCUCUGUCAGGAUGUUGACAGAAGACUUCAUUGGUGAUAGGUCAUGUGUUGUAUAUAAGGAGAAAGGUAUGUUUGUUGAAUAUACGGAGAAAGUUUUGUAUGUACAAGUAUUGAUUGUGUGAAGGGAGGCUGAAAUCGACCCUUUCAGUGUUCUUUUUGAAGUCUUGAUGUUAUGGAUUGGGUUUGGAAUUAUGCCCCUUUGACAAUUUCUGUCUGUUGUCAUUUUCUUGUUUGUUACUUUUGCUCUCAGCAUUUUUCUCAUAUAGGUCUUCACAAACUCUCUAAACAUGUUUGCCAAUAAAAUGUGUUUUUGCCCUUGCCAUAAUGAAAAAGAUUUGCCAUAA